GAGGGCCGGUGCGGCGCGUGCGCGCGGGCGGCCCCCGGGCGGGAUGGUGGGCUCCCUGCUCUGCUUCAUCCUGGCGCCGCUGGCCCGGUUCCUCGGCCGGAUUGCAGGCCCUUACAUUGAGGAUGAGUCUUCAGGAGAAUGUUCAACAGCAUCAUUACUGGAAAGUGACAGACUAUCUGAUGGAGAUUCUGCUCCACGGUUACCACUUAGCAAAGACCAGACUGCUUUGCUUCAGGAUUGGCUUCGGGGAGGGCCAAGUGAACUUUCAAGAGGGGAGUCAGCAGGGGAGGCAUCAGUGAGUGUUGACAUGGAGAAAAAGCCCCAGGAUCAACCAUCAGAGAACUGGGAAGUAGAAGAGGCUAACAUGGCAUGGCAGCAAUCGAAGAAUAUGCCAACAUUAUCCCAGCAGUCAGAACAGUGGCAGGCUGCUGCUGUAGAGGGUAUCAGUCAGGACCAGAGUAUUGUGGGAUGGCAGUUGACUUCUACAUCUGAGACUGCCACAGCCUGGCCAACAUUGACAAUCCAAGGACUGAAGGAUGGCACUGCAGGUUGGACACCAGCACCUGCACAAAAUAUAGGUGGGGUUGAGCUCCCAACAGGCUGGGAGUUUCAACCUCGGCAGCGUGAUUGCCAGGCUGGUGGUAUUAUGGGAUGGCCAGCACACAUGAAUGACCCAGUUGGCACUACAGGGUGGCAGUUUACCCCUCUUUUGGAUGUGAAUGAUGCAGCAGCAAAUGAUCUGUGGCAGUUCCAAAGUGAAGGCAAUCUUGUAAUGGGCACAGACCCUUAUCAAGGUCUUCUUGCCAGAGUAUGGGAGGAUUUACCAAGAUCCCAAGUGGACGGCAAAGAUGACAACAAGCCAUUUGAGUUCACCAUAAUGUCCUACAAUAUUCUUUCGCAGGACCUUUUGGAGACAAAUUCUGAUUUGUACGCUCACUGCCAGCCUGAGUUCCUGAAGUGGGAAUUCAGAUUUCAGAAUAUUCUGCAGGAAUUUGAGACCUGGGACCCUGAUAUUCUGUGCCUGCAGGAAGUUCAGGAGAACCACUACCAUCAGCAGUUUCGACCAGCUCUCCAGCUACAGGGUUAUGAGUGUGUUUAUAAACGACGCACUGGUAUCAAGACAGAUGGGUGUGCUGUGUGCUACAAAAGGGAGCGGUUCUCCCUGGUCUCCGAACACCCUGUGGAGUAUUUUCGACCUAUUGUGGAAACGUUGAACAGAGAUAAUGUAGCGCUGCUUGUUCUCCUCCGACCCCUGACCCCAGACUGUGUCCAAGGAAACUCCAAGUUUCCUGACAUCUGUGUGGCAAACACUCACCUGAUAUUCAAUCCCAGACGGGGCGAUAUUAAACUCACCCAGCUUGCUGUGUUAUUUGCUGAAAUUCAGCUACUAAUACACACAGCAGGUUCUGAUGGUAACCACUGUCCAAUCCUUCUCUGUGGUGAUCUGAACGCUGUCCCGGAAUCUCCUCUGUAUAAACUCAUUCAAAAUGGUGAGCUCUACUAUUAUGGAAUGCCAACAUGGAAGGUGUCCAGUCAGGAGGACUGUUCUCACCAGAUGUGUCCGAGGAAACUCUAUGGUCCUUUGUGGCCAAGCAGACUUAGGAUAACUGACAAUUGUCAGUAUGUGGAUAUGUGUGAAAAGAAGAGGACAGGAAAACGCAGAUAUGGCCGUGAGUUUCUCCUUCAGCUUCAAUACUCCGCGCCAGCGCUCGAACGUCCAGAGAAUCUUGUCUUCAUUGAAGGUGUGACUGAUGCAAAACCAGAGCCUCCAGGGGAUGGUUCAGAACGCUAUGUCAGUGUAUCCGAGCCAGAGGAUGAGCUCUUCUGUAAUAGGUCUCCAACCACCCUCCGACACAACCUCAACCUAACAUCGGUGUACAGUCAUUAUCUGCCUGAUACAGGUCGGCCUGAGGUUACAACCUGCUCAUCUGGUUUUGGCCUCACCGUAGAUUACAUCUUCUACUCAGCACAACCAGUCACCGAUAAGAGUGGAAAAGGGCGUAGGCGGUACAAGGACGGACCCCUCAAACUGCUGGGCCGACUUUCCUUGUUGUCUGAACAUGACAUCUGGCUGGCCAACGGGUUGCCCAAUGGCAUCUGCUCAUCUGAUCACCUCUCGCUGCUUGCCAAGUUUGGAUUGAAACCCCUUGGUUGAUUUUUAAAAAAACAACUAGUGAGUCUUGCACAUGGCAAAUGAGCCCUCGUGAAGCUUCAUGGACAGACACCGCCUGCUGAGCAGAACGAAGUUCUGAUGCAAGAUGCCCAAUCUCCAUUUUACGGUCUAAUUUAGGCUAUUUUAAUACUUGUUUCUUUUAAUGGACUAGAAUUUCAAGUGUGCUGCUUUUAAGAUAAUGGAAAUGCCAAAGGAAUAUUGGUUGGUUAAGAGGCAAAUCAAUUCAUGAUCUUACCAUCUAGAGCUUGCAGAAUGUGAUUCUUGUGUAAUUUUGUUCCAGGUAAGCUGUCCCACCAGAGCCCUUUCAGAAACCAAUGUUAUCGUAAUUUGCCACUGGAACCUUUUCUUUUAAUGGCCAUUUCCUUCAUCUUCUCUUCCUUUACCUUGGACCUGUUGUCACCUGAAGUCUUCAAGGACAGGUCCUGGUUACCCUCCUCAACCAGUGUCAAAUUUGAAAUUCUUUGUGUUGGGAGACUGUACAUCUGAGGAGGGCAUCAUUUCAGAGUGCCAAUCCUGCCCUUACCUGGUAUUCAAUCAAACAGGAGGGCCCUGAUAGUUAUCAGCUACAGGAGCCAAGUGUAAUUUUCUUUUUCCAUGUUGUCCCUUCCCAUUGUCUGAUUUUGGUUAAUUAAGCAGACACAGGGCUUGAAGCUGUGAUUUUUCCUGAUCGUUAUGGCCUUGGCUGCCUUUCCUACCAGCUAGAACAUCGAUGGAGUGCUGCCAGAAUUUUGAAUGUGCUUCUAAAGUAUAACUGUGUUUUUGGAACUAAAUGCAAGGUGAAAUUGGCCAACAUGCAUCUGUGAAAAAUACUGUGCACUUGCUCAGAGCAUCUCACUAGAAGGUUGUGAUGUGAUACCUGAACAUUGGUUGCUCUUGUGCCUAUGGCUCAAAGCAAUGAAUAUGAAUACAACAUAAAUUAUUCAAAGCGGAAUCUCUCCAGUAGAUGCCGUUUGGAUGCUCACCUCGUUGCUGACAUCCCUGCUUCACUCACAGUCUUCUGUAAGGAGUCCUUGUCGGGCUAAGUACAGGCUGACUUAUUUUGUUCACUUGUUCAAAUGUGUCCCCUUUUUUGUCUUUUUCUUUAAAUGAACUUUUUGCCCCUUUUCCACCUCAUUAUAUUGAUUUUGUUCAUUUUCCAAUGUCCUGCCCACCUGUCAGCCUGAUCCUGUCAUCAACUGAUGCCCAGCCUGUACUUUCUAGAAGGGGUCAAUGGAUUUGAGUUUGUGGCCUUUAUGGCUUUACUGCCAUUUAAGGUGAUUCUUUCACUAUAGGACCAGUGGAAGAAUCAACUUUUCAUUUGUUACUUCCCCAACCAAAGCCAUGGAAGCAGAUCCUUAAACUACCAUCCCCCUUCUCUCUGAGCUGCUCUCUUAAGCUGUGUUGUCAUUUCCAGUGCCAUAUCUCUGUUAGAAAUUGUCUUGCUAUUGCGUUAGGGUGUAACUUUCUGGGUUCUGUGAGCUGUAAAACAAUAUUGCUCACUCUUAGCCUUAAUCUUUCCCAUUUACCACCUUGUUUUGUUUUUGUUUUUUGUUUCUUGCGAUCCUAAUCGUUAUGGCCCCAUGACGAUGAAACCCCACGUUGCUUUGGAGAAGUUAAAAGCUUGGCUUUUCCAGGGCACCUGAGUUUUUGGUGAUGGGGAGAUGUUUAUUGAGGGAGUAAGGACUUUUGAUAAGGUGAAUUUCUGGCCUUGAGCAGUUAAGCCUCCAGUGCAGCUUUUGAAUUAGGAUCCAGAUUAACCUGGGUACUCCCUGCCAAUCCUUAUCCCCACCUCAUUGCCAUGACUAUAGGAUUACUUUAAAUUGAGUCAAGGAAAAGCUAUUUUGACAUCAAAUUUAAAAAAAAAAAAAAAAUCCUUACUGCACUUCCUCCUGUUUUAAAGCUGGACUUUAAGAUGCAGUACAACUGCUGAGUGGCAGGGCAAGCUUAUCUGAGAUACUUUGGUUUUCCUGAGGUGAGUUGGAACUCCUGCCUCCCUUGCCAUAGGAUGCGACUUUGUGCCGAUAUCAGUGGUUAAUUAUAGAUAUGAGCUGUACUGUCUUGAGGAACUGCUAAGGGUUUCCAUUCCAGGAGUCAGAAGGAAUGAGGACCAGUCUUUUUUUUUGCUCUGAUCCCUAAAAUGAGCAAAAAGAACCAAGAAAAAGAUGACAGACAACUUAUUUGGAAAGAGGAAACAUUUUUGAAUGCUUCACGCUCAUCAUACUACAAAUGGCCUGCAUCCUCCAUGGAGAUGAGGGAAAAUAUCAAGCAGAGUUCCUGAUGCUGAUGGGUUUGUAGUAAUCCCUGCUGGGAUUAAGAUUUGAUGUUGGCAAGGUUUUGUGCUCGUGAACAUUUGGAUCCUUGCUACUCCUUUCAGAAACAAUCUUCCAUCAUUACUCUUUAAGAUGGCAUGAAUCAUAACACUGGCAACUACUUGGUUUCCUACCUCCCUCUAGCCUGAGACCAAAAUGUCCCGUCCCACCACCCCAAGACAUGCUGUGAGCUGUUGCUUCACAAGACUUCUGCCUCCAUUCAAGGUCUGUUUCACCAUGGUCAUUGGUACUGAGAAACUCCAUUGCACUAGAAGUGAAUGCAACUUGGUGAUAUCAACUGUGCUACAGACAGUGAGCAGUGCAUUGGGACAGAGUUGCUGUUGGUCAGGUCAUCAUAUUUGCAGCAUUUGAAGAACACCUGUCUGGACAGAAACCAGUGUGGUGGCCUGUGAGUUUUAAGAAAGAACAUGAAAAUUAGUCCCAUUAAUUUAAAAGACAGAAACCCUCCAACACACAAGGUUGUUACCAAUUUGUUUUGUCAUCGUUUGUAUUUUUUUUUGGAAAUGUUAGUGUAACUAGGCUCCAUACUUCUCUCUGGCUUAGUUCGGUAGUAGGCUGUGGAACCCAGAUCCACUGGCUAAAGGACCAAAUUCUUCAGUCAGCCGGAAUCAUGGGAUUUAUGAACUUGUGCCCAUAGUUAUUUUUUAUGGUUGGUGUGUAAGAAUAGCUUGGAACAGUUUGGCCACACUAUCUGUAGAUAAAGUGUAUAUUCAAAUAGUGUAAUUUAAAGGCUUUGUUUUGCCUAAUAUUUUUGUGACAUGGUUCAGUAAAAUUUUGAUUAAAUAAACGGCUUGUUUAUUUGA